UCUUCAGUGGUAUUCGUCUCGGGCCUCCCGAGCGACCCAGACCCACUCGCUCCGUGGAUCGUCUUCCUCAUCGCGCGAGCGCCGCCACCCAUCCCGCUGCCGAGCGCCCCAGCCCCCUAGCUCGUCUUCCUCCUCGCGCGAGCGCCUCCACCGCAGGAGCCUCGGAGGGUGAAAUAUUCUCGGUUAGGUUGUUCAGCUAUUCGUUGAGAUGUCGGCGCAUGGUCUAGCAACCAAUCCCGUGUGGGCUACUCGAUGUCCAAUGAAUUCAAGGGUGUCUAGUGCACCAUUGGGACUUGUCUCUUUGGGCCUCGACAGGGGAUGUAAGGAAAAGGUUAAACUGUUCAUCAUUGUGGAUAGAUACACAAAAUAUAGUGCUCCUUUCAGUACACAGCGGUUUUCCAGAAUGACUCCGCUCGCAUCUGCAUCAUUUGGUGAUACAGCUGACUCUUCGACCCCCAUUUUUCCUAGAAUCCAUGUGAAGGAUCCAUAUCAGCGACUUGGAAUCAGCAGGGAAGCAUCUGAAGAAGAAAUACGAGCUGCCAGGAACUUUCUGAUAAGCAAGUAUGCAGGCCAUAAGCCUAGUGUUGAUGCAAUUGAAUCUGCACAUGACAAAAUCAUCAUGCAGAGUUUCUUUGAUAGAAAAAAACCGAAAAUGGAUCUCAAGAAAAAAUUUAGGGAUCUCAGUCAGUCACGUCCGGUCAAGGCUGUUCAGGGCAGAUUCCAGACACCAUCUAGCAAAGUUAUUUGGAAGACUGCAAUUACUUUUGUCUUGCUUGGAGUGCUUACCCUUGUUUUCCCUACUGAAGAAGGACCAACUCUCCAGGUUUUAGUCUCUUGUGCGGCAAAUAUCUAUUUCCUUUAUCAGAGGCUCAGAAGUGGCUGGAAAGCAUUCUUUUAUGGGUUCGGAUCCUUCUUUGCUUCCUGGCUACUUGCCACAUUCUUGAUGGUAUCUGUAAUUCCGCCUAUACUGCCUGGUCCGAGAAACUUGGAAGUGAGCACUGCGUGUGUUGCUUAUGCAUUCCUUUUUGUAUCAUCAACCUUCCUGAAGUAGUAAUCUUGGCAUUCUCACUUCCAUGUUAGCCCUUAGUCUUGCAGCAGCCAAAGUGGUUUUCCUCUGCUUCCGAUCGCUUGUGUAACACAUCAGUGUCUUUUACUUCUGAGGUGGAAAUGGUAGUUUUUUUUUUCGUGAGUUGCUAGUAUAUAUCAGGUUGUAAUGUGUGACAACUUUUUUGCCCUGGCCCUUAAGAGUUUAAUAGUACCUCAUGUAGGCAUUUCAAUUGUAUUAAAUACAGUUCGUUUUUGGAUAGAUGAUACAAUAAUGACAUGAUGUUUAUGUGGAUUGAAACGCU